AUGGUUGGCGCAACACGUAUCGAUUCAAUUUGGAAGGCUAUUUUGUUUAACAAUAAAAUUUAAACUACAAGAUGGCUAAGCUAAAAAGAACUUUAUCUAGGCCAUUAAUACGAUGGACUUAUUUACAUGGCCAGUAUGAAUAACACAACUCCUUCUAACUAUUAAAAACCUCCAGGUUGCCCAUAUGAUGGAAUUUAUAAAUUAGAUAUCAGGUGUAGAUUUUAUUAUAGUGAAACUGCUAAUAAUAUUUCUACUGUCACUUUUCCUCCAUAAAUAUAAUAUGCAGAUGGUUCAUCGUAUUUAAGUAGUACUUUUUGCUAAAGGCAUAUAAAAUUCAUAGAAGAUAAUCCUAAUUUAGAAAGCAAAUUAUAUUCAAUAUUAUGCACUACAUUAGAUUUGUAAUAAAUUCCUCAGUAUUUUUAAAAUUUUGGGUAGAAUUCUAAAUUUUAGAUGCUGUUAGAUCCUAGUACCCAAACUAUUGUAUAUAAUUCUUAAUAAAGUUAAAAAUACGAUCAAAUUCUAACAAUUUAAUAAGUAGAAACAGAUUAUUUAAAUGAUUAAAAUUAAUCUAAAAUAUUUAUUGAUAACAUAAAUUAAUAUAAAUAGUAUAUUUUAAAUAACAGCAACUCAGUUGAUAUUUUUUAGUAGUAUGAUUAUAACUAGAACUCUUUUGAAUAUUAAAGAAACGGAACAGCAUGUUUCGUAAUAGUUAAUAUCAUAUCAAUGAUAGAUAAAGUUCCUAUAUUAGAAACUUUAAAAUCAGUAAACCCACAAAGCAAAUACUAAUUAAAAAAUAUUUUUUUAUUUUUAGAUGUUCUUUCUAAAGAAAAAAUGGAACAGUUCUCUUAAAAUCUGUACUCUACGUUGCAAUUUUACAAGAUUCUAUUUACAUAUUCUAGCUGGGGACUCAUUAUUUGUAUACUUAUAGUUCAGUUUUACUAUUCACUAUAACUUGGAAGAUAUUUGAUGCAACCUGUAAUACAUCUCACUAAUAUCUUAAAUUAAAUCUAAAUACAAAGUACCAAACUUUAAGAAGUUACUUAUUAAAAUGACUCUUUUUUGAAUAUCUCGUACGAUGAAGACAAUUAAAUUCAUAUUGAUGACCAUAUUUUCUCUGAUUUUGAAGGAGUAUGUUACUCUAGUGAUACUUAAGAAUUGCUUUACAGCUUUUAGAAUUUAUUUAAAAUAUUAUAAUUUACAACUCAAAACCUUUAUACUGAAAACCAAAGUAUUUCCUUGCUCAAUUUAAAUAUUUAAAUUCAAUAUUUCUAAUAAUUUGGUAACUAUCGUGCACUAGGAGUUUGUCAUAAUAAUAUGGGAAUACUUCAUUACAAUAGUGGUAGAUUUUAAGAAGCGAUCGAACAUUUUCAAAAAUCUAUUAUUUAUGCAAAGUAUGAACUCGAUAUGUAUUCUGAUAAUGAUGAAGGUAGUAGCUUAUCAAAUACAAUUAAAAGAUUUACAAUUAAUUUGAGAAGUAGUUUGUUUAGUACGAACUCUUAGAUUGAUUAGUCUAUGCCAGCUUUUAUGUAGUAGUAGUAAUAAUAAAGUAUAACAACUGAAAAAUAAUAAUUGAAAAAAAAUCAAUUAAAAUAUUUUAUAUAUAGGUAAUAAUAAAUAAAUGAAAAAGAUUAACUCUACUGGAACUUGUAUAGUAGAAAUUAAAAUUAUUUAAAGGCUCUUUCUUGCUAUUUAGAUGAAUAAAAUUUAUAUUUAUGGGAUAUCUUUGAGGAUAUUACAUUAGAAACAACAAGUAUUAGCUAAAUUUAUUUAUAGAAUUCUAAUAAAAGAGAAAUGAUAAACUACUAUGUCAUAUUGUUGGGUUAUUUUCGCUAAAAUAAAUUUGAAGAGGCAAGCAAUAUACUAAGAAAAUUAGCAAAGCUUUACUUAAAAGAUAUGAAAAAAAAACAAUUUUUUAAAGAAUAAGAAAAGUAUUAAACCAACUAAUCAAGCUUGUAUAAAAAAUAAAUAUCAUCGCCAGGUAAGAAUUAAAGUGAGAUAUUUGACAUUACCUCGUAAAUAUAAAAUAUAACACCUUUAGGCAAUAAUUCUGAAACAUUAAAAAGUUUUACUUUGCUCUCGCCAAUAACAAAAUCCUUUAAAAAAAGUAUUAGCAAAAAUUUACAAAACCUCAAUUUUAGCUAAAUUGACCAGCUUUUAAGCAACGAAAUGAUAAAAUAGUAAAAUAUAAAUUAAAAUUUGAAAAAUAAAUAAAGUACUACUGACAGAAACUUUGAUAUUAAGAAAUUUAGGACAAUUUAAAGAAAUGAAACUAUAAAUAACAAUAAUGUAAGCAAUUAUAAAUCAGAAAAUAGUAGAUAUCCUCCUUCUUUUCUAGAAAUGAGUGAGGAAAGAUCAGCAAGGAUACUUUAAGAAAAUGUUACAAAAGAAAAUGUAUAUUUAGGUUAAAGCAGUUAUAUUAAAAAUUUUAAUAACAACUCUCAUAUCUAUAACAUCUUCAAUUUUAAAACUUAAGGUGAAUAAUCUUAAAAGAGUGUUAAUAAUAACCAAGAUUCACCUAUUAAACUGUUGGAUAGAUACUCUGAUUUGAAAAAAAAUAAAAUUUAUAAUAUUUUUGGCACAAAAAAACCUAAUCAAUCAAAAACUACUCUAAAUAUUUAAAAAGAAAAAAGCCUAACUCAAAGUUAAUCAAAUUAAACAAAUGUAUCAAAUUAUAGAAUUGCUUAGUAAAGUAAUCAUAUAACCUAAAAUCACAAUGAUUUGUAUUUUUAGGUAAGGAAAGCAUAAAAUUAUAACAAAACUUCCCACUAUGAGUUCAACUCUGAUAUAUGUUUUCAGUACUAUGCAAUCUAGCUAGCUAAGUAUCAACUAAUUUAGUAAAAUCCAUAUUAAGCAGCUUUAAUUUUAACUAAUUUACUGGAGUAAUGCUAGUAUUAUCUCCCUCAUUUAAAAAGGUUGGCCUUGAAAUUAUUAAAUGAAUCAUUCAAGAUGAAAAAAAUCAAAAGUUAUGAGCUUACUGAUAUGAAUGAAAAAUAUUUAUCAUUCACUGACUUUACUUAUAAAGUAUGCUUAAUAUCAGUUUGCCAUAGCAAGUUUUAUAAAAAGAGAGUCUAUGCUUUGUCUCACGAUCUUGUUAACGAAGUCCUUUUUAAAGAAGAAGAUUAAUUUGGUUUAUUUUCUUAUUCUUUUGAUGAAUGUAUUUUUAUCUAGUAAAUGUCAUAUACUUCAAUAAAAAUUAUCAAGUCUAACCCAUUUUUUUUUGAAAAAACAAUUUUAAAAAUUUUUGAUAAAGAAUAAAAGUAAAGAAAUGAUAAAAAUUAAUUUAAUAAUAAAGAAAAAUUAGAAUUUAAAAAAUAAAGCACUAAUUUUUUUGACAGAUAAACUAUAUAUUCAACAGAAACUAAAUUAAAAUCGUAAAAAAAUUCAAGUUAGCCAAAAAAAACAUCUUUUAUAAUUCAUAAUGGUAUCAAUAAUAUAGAAAAUUCAAAUGCUAAUUUAAAUGGAAUUGAUUCAAACUAGUUAGAUCAUACUUUUGGAGGAAAAUUUGUUUCUUAAAAGUUUUCUUAAAUUAAAGGUCAUAGGAAUAAACUGAACCUUGAAGGAAGAGAAGGCAUCUUAAAAAAUUCUUUUACAUCUUAUAAUGUAUAAGAGGAAUAAAUAGAUAAUAAUUAUGUAUUAAAAUGUAGUGAUUCAUCGUGCUCUUCAAUAGAAUCUGUUUUGGCUUCAUAAACUAUUGUAAAUAACAAGAAAAAUAAACUCGAGAACAACAAAAGUGAUGUAGCAUAAUAACAGUAAUCAAAGAUAAAUUAACUUAAUAGUUAAUGUUAAACAAAAGAUAUAACUAAAUCUUUUGAAAAAAAUGAUCGACAAAAUUCUUAAAUAUAUGAUCCUUAAAAUAUACAAAAUUACUAAUUGAACUCUAAGAUGUUUCCUUUGAAUAAUAACUUAAGCAUGUAAAAUUAAUUUUAGAAAAAUGAAUUACUAAAUUAACAAAAUAAUUAAAAAAUUGAAAAUGAUUAAAAUUAGUAAUCCUGCUAAUUAUUUUCAAAUCGGAGAAAAAUUAGCAAUUAAUACGAUAAUUAAUCAGAUUUUAACUCAUUUUGUUAAAUUGUUAAUUUAAAUUAAAUAAAUGAUGCUUCUCUUUUCUGUUAAUUAAGUUCUAACAGGGAAAAAUGCAUUUUUUAAGAUUAAUUAUUAAUUUAUUAAAAUGAUUAACAGAAAGAAGAUAACUUAAAAAAAUAGUCUGCAACAUCGGACAUUAGAUAAAAUUUAUAAAAUUAAUAUUAAUACUAAGGGGACAAAUUAAUAAAUGAUUAACAUGAAAAAAACGAUAACAUGAUUAGAGUUAUUCAAUAAAUUGAAAACUCUAGUGAAAAUUAUUAAACACUUAAUAGCAGUAGACUGAAACAUCAAGAUCUAAAUUCUCAAAAAAAUAAAAUUGCUGAAUACUCAUUUAUUUAACAAAAUAAUUAAGAGCAUGACCAAACUUAAAUAUCAUCUAAAUAAGAGUUAAAAAUGCUAUCAAAUUAAAAUUUUUAGCCAUAAUCAUUUUCAUUUUUCUAAAAAGACAUCACAAGUGAUAAAUAAAAUUAAAUCGUAAAUGAAAAUUAUAUUUAUAAAACUAACAUAAAUUAAAUUACAGAAAAAGUAAUAAACGAUAGAAUUUACACAAAGUAAAUUGUUGAUUAAAUUGAUUCUAAUUUAUAAAAUGAUAAAAUAAAUAAAAUAGAGUUUGAUUAUAAUUAUGAAAAGGCUUUGAGUAAAUAAAAUCAAUAUCCAAAUUUAUAAGCAAAUAUCUUUUAAAUUAAUAAUAAUGAAAAUUAAUAAUCACAAUAACUAAUUUUGAAGGAAAUUUUAGAUUAAACAAAAUUGAUUGAUAAGAAAGAUACUUAGUUGAACUAAUAAAACGAUGAAAAGAGAAUAUUUGGUUUCAAUCAUUUAUUUGGUUGUGGUGAAAAUUUAAAUGUAUCUGAUAAUCUACUAUCUCCUACAUUUAAAGAGAAUAAAAAUAAUUAAUUUUUUACAUCUCACUCGAAUAAUAAUUAUGAAAUAGAUUUAAAUUAAGAUAACAAGGAUUAUAAAUAAAAAAAUAAAUAAUUCAUAAUUGCUAACAAAUUUUAAUAUUCGGGUGAAUAACUCUUUCACCUAAGCAUUAAAGCUGCUUUGAAUAAAUAUAUAUUGAAUUCAGAUGAAAAAUUAUCAACAUACCUCUCAUACAAAAAUCACAAGUAAAUUCAAAGAAAAUAAAAGGUUAAUAGCAUUUCUAAAAAUUAAUAGGGAUUUUUAAUUUAUUUUACAGAUCAAUAUUUUUAAUUGAUCAAUUAAGAUCAUUUAAAUGAACUGUGUAGCUUAUUAAUUAGCUUAGAUUUGUAGUUGCUCAUUCUAGCUGUAAAUGAAAAAAAUUUUAUAGAAGAGCAAGCAAACCUUCAGAAUAUUUACUAAGAUGGUAAAUCCUUGGUCCUAUUUUUUAACAGUGAAGAAAAAUUGCUUCAGUACAUUUACAAUAAUAGGGAACAUAUUAAAAGUUCUUUAAUACCAAUGGCUGUUGAAUUUUUCUGA